AUGUUUCUGUCUCUUCCUACGUUGACUGUCCUUAUACCAUUGAUCUCUCUAGCGGGACUAUUCUACUCAGCCUCUGUGGAAGAAAACUUCCCACAGGGCUGCACUAGCACAACCAGCCUGUGCUUUUACAGUCUGCUCCUGCCCAUUACCAUACCUGUUUAUGUGUUCUUCCACCUUUGGACUUGGAUGGGUAUUAAACUCUUCAGGCAUAAUUAAUACAGCCAGAGCCAAGAUGAUACAUAUAUUAAUGAUACAUCGUGAAUGUCUAUCUCUGAAAGCUCAGCUACAUGGAAAUACUGGAAACCCACUUAAAUUGCAGGAAAGGUGCUUUGCCUUGCUUCUCUCAGAGGUUUAGGACUAUGGGAGGCUUAGGCUGCAGGAGUUUCUUUUAUAUUUUUGUUCUGCCCUUGUUUUUUGAAAAUUCUAAUGUAUAACUACUGUACCAGAAGAAACACUUCAACACAGUUUUUUGGAAAUUAACAGUCCUAACCAUCACCUGAUGACUUUCUUACCCCAUUCAUCUAAAAAUAAUUAAAAUUUUAUAUAUUUAUUUUAGAUUCAAACUAUUUGGCAGAGUCACAUGUUAAGGAUGACUGAAAUAAUUCCAGAGGAAUUGUGUUGGAGCAGUUGUAAAGAAAUGUAUUUGAGCUAGUAUGCUAGAAGACUAUAAUAAAAUGGAAAUUUUGUGUACUUGUGAA